GUUUAAAAAGACAAGAGAGCGCAAAACACGCCCAUGGAGAUGACGUAAGCGUUCACGUGAUGUCGAUACAGGAAGUUAUUCAAGACUGAAGAUGAGCGUUUCUCUCGAUGUUAGAUUGAAACGAGCGAAUAAAGUUUAUCAUGAAGGGGAGGUUCUGUCUGGUGUUGUGAUCAUCAGCAGUAAAGAUGCUCUUCAGCAUCAGGGUAUUUCUCUCAGUAUGGAGGGCUUGGUGAACCUACAGCUGAGCUCCAAGAGUGUCGGAGUGUUUGAGGCCUUUUAUAAUUCUGUCAAGCCCAUUCAGUUAGUGUCCACUAACAUCGAGGUGGUGAAACCAGGAAAAGUGCCAGCAGGUCGAACUGAAAUCCCCUUUGAGUUUCCACUGCAGGCCAAAGGCAACAGAGUCUUGUAUGAGACUUAUCAUGGGGUCUUUGUCAACAUACAGUACACACUUCGCUGUGAUAUGAGACGCUCGCUGCUCGCCAAAGACUUGAGCAAGACUUGUGAAUUUAUGGUGCACUGUCUGCCACAGAAGUCAAAGGUGCAGCUGAACCCGGUGGACUUUACCAUCACACCAGACACGCUGCACAACGUCAGAGAGAGAACCGCCUUACCAAAGUUUCUGAUCAGGGGUCACCUGGACGCCACCAGCUGUGUGAUCACCCAACCCCUGACGGGUGAACUGAUGGUAGAGAGUUCAGAGGUCGCCAUCAAGAGCAUUGAGCUACAGCUGGUCAGAGUGGAGACCUGUGGGUGUGCGGAGGGAUACGCCAGAGACGCCACUGAAAUACAAAACAUCCAGAUCGCUGAAGGUGAUGUUUGUCACGGUCUCUCCAUCCCCAUUUAUAUGGUCUUUCCUCGACUCUUCACCUGCCCAACUCUCGAAACCACCAAUUUUAAAGUCGAGUUUGAGGUGAAUAUCGUGAUUGUUCUUCACGACGAUCAUUUGAUAACAGAAAACUUUCCUCUGAAGUUGGUCAGAGUUUGAGUCGGAGGGAUAAUCAUGGAUUUAUUUCAAGAAAUAUUUUUCUUCUUCUCCUGUCAAUAUAAAGAACAGUUGUAAAAAUGC